UUACUUAUAGUUAGGCUUGUCGAAAAGAAGAAGAAAUUAAAGAUUCGAAAGAUAGAAAAAAUGUGGAGGCUGAAGAUAGGAGAGGGGGGAAACAAUCCCUACAUGUUUAGCACAAACAACUUUGUUGGAAGACAGAUAUGGGAAUUUGAUCCGGAGGCCGGAACGCCGGAAGAGAGGGCGGCAGUGGAAAAGGCCCGCCUUAACUUCCUCAACCACCGUCAUCGGAUCAAAGCUAGCAGCGACCUCCUAUGGCGUAUGCAGUUCUUGGGAGAAACAAAGUUGAAAGAAAGAAUUGGUGGAGUAGUUAAGAUAGAAUAUGGAGAGGUGAUUUCAUAUGAAAAGGCCACAGCAGCAGUAAGGAGGGCAGCUCAUUUCCUCUCAGCUUUGCAGGCCAGUGAUGGACAUUGGCCUGCUGAAAAUGCUGGCCCUUUGUUCUUUCUUCCCCCUUUGGUGAUGUGUCUCUACAUUACAGGCCAUCUUAAUAUUAUUUUGAGCGCUGAACAUUGCAAAGAAAUUCUUCGUUAUAUAUAUUAUCAUCAGAAUGAAGAUGGCGGAUGGGGCUUGCAUGUCGAGGGUCAAAGUAUUAUGUUUAGCACAACCCUCAAUUAUGUUUGUAUGCGAAUAUUAGGAGAAAAACCCAAUAUUAUUGGUCAAAACAAUGCUUGUGAAAAAGCACGGCAAUGGAUUCUUAAUCACGGUGGGGCAACAUACAUACCUUCUUGGGGAAAGACUUGGCUUUCGAUACUUGGUCUUUCCAAUUGGGAAGGAUGCAAUCCCAUGCCCCCUGAAUUUUUUAUUCUCCCUUCAUUUUUUCCAAUACACCCAGCUAAAAUGUGGUGUUACUGUCGAACGGUGUAUUUGCCCAUGUCAUAUUUAUAUGGAAAAAGAUUUAUUGGUCCAAUCACACCUCUUAUUCUUCAAUUGAGGGAGGAGAUUUUUACUCAACCUUAUGAUGAAAUAAAUUGGAAGAAAGUACGUCAUUAUUGUGCUAAAGAGGAUCUAUAUUAUCCUCAUCCAUGGAUACAAAAUUUGCUUUGGGAUAGUCUAUACAUGUGUGCCGAGCCUUUACUUACUCGAUGGCCCUUAAAUAAAUUGAUUAGAGAGAAAGCUCUACAAGUAACAAUGGAAUAUAUUCAUUACGAGGAUGAGAAUAGUCGAUACAUUACCAUUGGAUGUGUUGAAAAGGUAUUAUGUAUGCUUUCUUGUUGGGUUGAAAAUCCAAAUGGAGAUUAUUUUAAAAAACACCUUGCUAGGAUUCCGGACUAUCUAUGGGUUGCUGAAGAUGGAAUGAAGAUGCAGGUAGUACUAUAAUUUAUUUUUUCUUAUGUACUUUCCAAAUUUCUAAUAUUUAUUUCAUUUCACAAUUCCUUAUUAAUAAAUUCACAUAUUGAUGGAUGUGCUUCAAAGAAAAUAUGAAGCACUCAUUUUUUAAUAGGUUU